AUGACGACGACGACGUCGAAGACCACCACGAACGGGUCGAAAAGGAGUGCGAAUGUGAAGUUUCCCAAAUCGUUCUUCUCGCUUUCGCUCGUUUUUCUCGUCUUUGAGAACGCAGCGGACGGAGUGCACGUCCCGUCUUUGUUCCCUCCAACUCGGGGAAGCAUUCGCGGCGAACAACACGCUGCGCCCUCGACGGGGGCAUCGUCCAAAAUCAUCGAAACGAAACAAGCGGACUUGCGCCAUCGAAAACGACAAGAAUCCAUCUCCGAUUGCCCGGCAGCGUUGGAGGGCCAAUUUUGCGAACAGGUCGCUCGAGACGUGCCGAAAUGUUUCCCGAACGUGCCGUAUAACGAUUGGGUCUCCGUGCACAAAAACGUGUUUCACGUGGAACUCGAGGAGGAAAAGGAGGAAAAGGAGGAAGAAGACCAAAACGCGACGAACAACGGGACAAGUAAAAGUACCAAAAACGAAACGUAUAUUUUCACACCAGAUACGCCGUCUUUAAGACGGAGCAGACACGACGAAAAAGCGAAGGAUUUGUUCUUUAAGAAGGAACGUGAGAGGAGCGAGAGCGGCGGUCUCGGAACGACGACCAACGUAGUGAGCGAGAAGGAAGCGAGGAAGAUUUGGCACGAGAAGCAAAUGCUUUUAGAUAAGAAGAAGAAGAAGAUUAAGGUGAACGGGAAGGUAUUUCACCGAGGGGAGGUACCAGAGAAGGAUAUUUUUGGGGACGCGUGGAACGGGAAAGUCGGGAGCGACGACGACGAAAAGAAUCAAAGGCAGAUGUUUGCGAAAAGGGCGAGUUUCAAGACGUGCGCGGUAGUCUCCUCGGGAGCGGCGCUGAAAGGGAAAGGGUACGGGAAAACGAUCGAUGAACACGAAGUGGUCGUUCGUCUGAAUAACGCGCCAACGAUUGGCUACGAACACGACGUCGGGUCGUUCACGACGUUGCGAUUAACCAACACGCAAUACGAAGGCGUGAGAGAAUACGAAGACGAAACGGUGUUGACGAAAUGGAACGGGAACCCGAUGGAUUUGAUGCGAUUAGGUACGAAGAAAACGUACGCGAUGAAUCCCGCGUUUCGUCAGUGGGCGCAACAGUUGGACGAUACGUUGAACAAUCACAUCGUCACUUCUGGUUUGUUGAUGCUGUUUCUCAUGUUGCAAAAAUGCGAACGCGUCUCGGCGAUUGGGUUUGGCGGGAAAGAGUUGGAGAAGUGGUAUUACGACAAACGUCCAAGCGGUAAGAUACCGAAAUCGGCGUGGUUAAACAGCGGAAGAGGCGUGGUGAAGUACGAAAAUUGGAACACGGUCAGCACGAACGCUCGAGAAAACGCGUUGUUUGGCGCAAAAGAAAAUAGGAAACUCGCCGAACAGCCGAAAGUGAAAGUGUACGGGAACAAAGAUAAGAGAAUCGGCGAUAUGCUCGGUAUCGGCGCUGGGAAGACGGCAAACGCGAACAAAAAGAAGAAGGACAGUAGCAAAAAAGUAGCGACAGCAGAGUUAGCGAAGAAGACUUUAGAGGAGAAAUUAGACGGGUUAGAAUCGGCCGAGGAGGUUGAGUCGGAUAUGAUCGCGGGCGAAGUUGAAGACGACGGCAUCGCGAGAAGGAGGAGGAAAUUACUAAACAUGGUCUCGCACGUCAUUUCCAGAGAGAGGCAGUGCAUGGCUUCGUUGGCUGAUUUUGGCGUGAUUAGUAUCUAUUCAUAG